AUUUCUUUUUCUCUUUUUACGUAUCAUUUCCAGCUUCAAUAAAUCGGGGUUCCUCUUAUAUUUUCAAUAUUCUUUCUUUUGCAAGUAUAGAUUUUUUAAUUUGUAAAGAUUUCUAGAAAGAAAGAGAGGAAGUGGGGGAUUCUUUUUAUUCUUGGGGAGGCAAGGGAAUAAGGGGAAAAAUGUCGAAGAAGAACUUUCAAUGGAAGCACGAUGACUUUAAAAGAUUUUCAUGGCGGUUCUAUUCCAUUUGAUCUUCCUCUCCCUUCUGCCCCUGGCGUGAUUGUUAGGCCUAUCGAUCGUACAGGUUCUGAUAGACCUACAUUUUGGGGAAACCCAGUAGGGCGGCCUAAUGAUCGUGCCCGUCCUAAUUCUUCUCCUGCAACGAGGCGUUCUGAUAGAGCUACAUCCUGGGGAAACCCAGUAGGGCAGCCUGAUAAUCAUGACCGUCCUAAUUCUUCUCCUACAACGAGGCAUUUUGAUGAUAAAACUCAAUUUUUUUCUAGCUCAGUUCAUAUUGGUCGUUAUUUUGAGGAGGAUGAAAGGAAGUCCUUAGAUGGGGGUUCUGCCCCUCGUAGAACUAUUACCGAUGAGUGUUUUGGGGUUCAAGCUAGUCAUGUAGAAAAGAAGCCAGAGUCUGUUUAUGCAGGGAGGAUUUUGGGUCAAUAUUUGUCAGCUCCGGUAGUUCUAAUGUCGAGUGGUUCGGGGAAUCUCUAUUCUAGUAGAGUGUACGGAGUAACCAUAGGCAGGCUGCUUCUGGGUUGUAUCCUAACGCAUGGGCAGCUAGGAAGGUAGCGACUGUGAGUGUUGCUCGUGCUGAACAAACCGCUGUCUCGAAGUUGGUUCAUGCUAGUGCUAUUGACAAGGUUUACUUGGGUCGAUGGUAGUCAAAGCAAUCUGUUCUGUAUCAGAAAGAUGUUGAUGUUAGUAAACACUCGGAAACAGAAAAUGGCUUGCAUCCCCACGUUUAUGAUGAUAA